AUGUCCGCUGCAUCUUACUACGACAAGGCCGCCACCCAAGAGGAGACCUCUCACCUCUCAUCGACCUCUGGACAGCAACCCGGCCCAAUGCAUUCCGGCACGCAGGGCUACGGCCAAGACAUGCGCGAAGGCAUGAACGAGCAACAGCAGCAGCGUGGUGUCCCUCAAGAGGGCUACAAUCAGCAGAGCGGUAAUGGCAUCUACAAUGGACAGGAGCCGAACAUGGGCAACACCAACUAUGCGCACGGUGCUCAGCAGAUGAACGGCAACAAUAACAACUAUGCGCAAGGUGCUCAACAGAUGGAAGGCAACGGAGCACAGGGAGCUGUGGCCGAUGAUAGAGACACUAUUACCAAACUGCUUGACAGGAUUGAGAAGAAGUUCGGUGGCGAUCGCUUCAACAAUCCUGAGAACGCGGAGAAGAACAAGGAGUUGAAUGCCAACAUUCUCAAGAGGGUGAAACAAGUUAUGGGGAUGGUGAUGCAGAGGGGCCCCGGCAUGCUUAUGAAUAUGGUGAAGUGA